AUGUUGAGGUUUAGUAGAAAUCUCAUGAAGUUAGUUAUUUUGCUGGUUUUAGUAAUCUAUUGUAGUUUGGAGAAAGCAACAUGCAAUGCUAGGUCACAAGAAUCAAGUUUUGAGAAUUUUUAUGUCUUUAAUGUCUUAGAUUAUGGUGCUAAAGGUGAUGGAAUCACAUAUGACACCAAAGCAUUUGAAGCAACAUGGAUAGAAGCUUGCAAAGUUGAAGGUUCAGUUAUGAUGGUUCCAUCAGACUAUGAUUUCCUAGUUGGUCCUAUCACUUUUUCAGGGUCACAUUGUGAAAAAAACAUUGUUUUCCAGGCACUGAAGUUCCAUGGAAGUUCCAAUGUAGUUGUAACAGGCAUAACAAUCCAAAACAGCCCCAAAGCACAUCUCAAGUUUGAUAAUUGUGUGGCUGUUCAAGUUUAUGGGAUCACAGUUUCAUCCCCUGGAGAUAGCCCAAAUACUGAUGGAAUUCACCUUCACAACUCACAAAAUGUUGUCAUUAACAGCAGUGAUAUUGCUUGUGGAGAUGACUGUAUAUCUAUACAAACAGGAAGUUCAGCUGUGUUCAUUCAUGAUGUGAAUUGUGGACCUGGACAUGGAUUCAGCAUAGGAGGGCUAGGAAAAGACAACACGAAAGCCUGUGUUUCUAAUAUAACAGUUCAGGAUUCAACACUACAAAACACUAUGACUGGUGUAAGAAUCAAAACAUGGCAGGGAGGCUCAGGCUCAGUUCAUGGAAUCACGUUCUCAAAUAUCCAUGUCUCAGAUGUGAAAAUACCAAUAAUGAUAGAUCAAUUCUAUUGUGACAAAAGAAAAUGUGGUAACCACACAUCAGCAGUAGCAAUAUCAGGAGUUUCAUAUCAAUCCAUAGAAGGAACUUAUUCAUAUAAACCAGUUCAUUUUGCGUGUAGUGACUCUGUGCCAUGCACAGGUGUUUCCCUUGCAGACAUAAAGCUUAAACCUUCAUUAGAAAAGAAGCAUUUUUAUGGACCGUAUUGUUGGGAAACAUAUGGAGAAUUGAGAACAAACACAACCCCUCCUAUUGAUUGCAUUCAACCCGAUAAAAGGAUCCCUAGUUACGAUCCUUGUUGAUUAAAUCAAAAUUAAGGAUUGUACUCUCAUUCAGUUGUAUGAAUUGUCCUAUAUUCGAUGUAUCUUUCAGAUUAGUUUUCUGUCUAUGUAUAGUUCUGCAAGACCUUCAUAUCUACCUCCUCGAGGUAGUGGUAAG